UCUGUCAACAUGAGUGGGCACUCGGCUGUGUAGGGAAACUGCGGGAUGAAAGCGAGUCAUGACCUGCAUUUUUUCCCGUCUCGGUCACCGUUUUAAAAGCUGUAAACCGGGCGAUUUUACCAGCAUUCACGUGAGGAACGAAUUCCUUUUAAAUCUUCUGCAAAUUACAGGAGUUCUGUUAGUGUGGUCGCAUAGAGUAGUUAGCUUGUAAGCUAGGUAGGGAACUGUUAAAGCUAGUAAAAGCAUCACUACGCUCCUGCCUUGUGUACGCUUUUGUCGCUUAAUUUUGCGCACACCAAUAUUAAAUUCGUGUUAUAGAGUAUUAAAUGAGCGUAUUGUUAUGAAUUGGCUCGGGUAGCGUAUGACUUCAACUGUAAUUCGUUACACCGGUGACUUGGUGGCAAUUGCCGGUGGAGCCAGUAAAUGUUGACUCUCACAGCACCGACCCUAUUAAGUUACCAUUAAUGUUUAAGACUAACCUUUAUUUACAAGUUCCCGACUGCCCGUUGAGUUUACCGUUACUUUAUAAACGUGUGGCGCGGGAGAAUGAGGCGUCGCCAUCUCUCACACAAUACUGUCCUGCUUACUGCAUCGAUUAGCUGACCAACAUCUGCUGCAGCCCUGGAGGACUAAGGAGUCAACGGCUUGUGACCGAGGAGCAACCGUCCAAGGCUUUUCUUUUCAUACCUUUACAUCCAUGGCUGGUGGGCUGUACACUCUUUCCCAGCAGGGGGACGUGGCAGUGGCAGGACUGUCCUCACUGUCCCUCAGCAACACGUCCUCGACCCCGACCCCUGCUACUGAUAACAGGGGUUGUGAGAAUGGCGCCCUGAUGGACUCAUUUGGGAUCUUCCUUCAAGGACUUCUUGCUGUCAUGGCUUUCAGCAUUCUCAUGUUGAAACGCCUCAGGGAGCCCAAACAUGAGAGGAGGCCCUGGAGAAUCUGGUUCCUGGAUACUUCCAAACAGGCUAUUGGGAUGCUGUUCAUCCACUUUGCUAAUGUUUACCUUUCAGACCUCACUGAGGAGGAUCCCUGCUCGCUAUACCUUAUUAACUUCCUAUUAGAUGCCUCGCUGGGCAUGUUGUUGAUCUAUGCUGGCGUACGAGCCGUCAGUGCAGUUGUCGAGUGGAGGCAGUGGGAGUCUCUCCGCUUCGGAGAAUACGGAGAGCCCAUACAAUGCACAGCAUGGUUGGGUCAGUGUAUACUCUACAUCCUCAUCAUGAUGUUUGAGAAAGUCCUUAUCAUGCUGGUCCUCCUCAUCCCCCAGUGGAAGAAGCUAGCCCUCCUCAAUCCCAUAGACAAUCCUGACCUGGAACUGGCCAUCGUCAUGCUCAUCGUUCCAUUCUUUGUCAAUGCCCUCAUGUUUUGGGUAGUUGAUAAUUUCCUCAUGAAGAAGCACAGGACCAAAGCAAAGCUGGAGGAAAGAGAGGAGGAUUCUCGGGGGAACAGCAAAGUGCGCUACAGGCGAGCUUUGUCCCACGACGAUUCAGAGUCAGAGAUCCUUUUCUCAGCAGACGAUGAAAUGGACGAGUCAGAUGAAGAGGAUGUUCGCCGCCUCACAGGUCUAAAGGCUGUGAAGAAAAAGAAGCUGCGCAUGGGCAUCCCUGUUUGACAGAGUGCCACAUUAAACGCGCUACCAGCCACGUCGGAAGCAAAUGUACAUUCCACCACACUUCCUCCUCCACAGACAAACGUAGGAUUCCCUUUAAUGGCGCUAAGGACUUGGGAUUUUUUUGUUUACAGCUAUCGAGUUUAAAUUUUUGACACAACACUCUUGGAUGGGUAUUGUGUUUAAAGACAUGACUGAGCAUCACGUUAAAAUGGACGCCUACUAAUAGGACUAUUAGUGUAUGGACGUCGGUUGUUGAGGAUCAUGGACUGAAUAACUUCCACAAUGCAAAUGAAAUAUUUGUUGGAAUUGUAUUCUCCAUAUGGAUUCCAUCUUCUCUUGUAGACAUACCACCAAGGCCUGUGUCUGUGUGUGUGUGUUUGUGUGUUUGUAUGCUGUUGGACACUACUCAGGCUUGAAGGAGUGUUACCUGACCAGAGCGACUCCAAGCACAGUUGCACCCCAAACUACUGUGAUUGUUGCUUGUGCGCACAAAGGUUUGCAGAAUCCUUUCACUUCAACAGCAAGUCCAGUCACUGCAGAAUCCCUUAAAUGUUGUUAUGUGUCAUUGAUUUGUGUUAUCUCCUGUUUUUUUUGUGUUUUGUUUUUUUACGCAGCUUUGUUUGUGGGACAAAAGUUGGGCUAUGCUUACUCCAGAAGUGUUCCUUAUCCCAUCACUCCCAACAAGACGAACAGAUAUGGGAACGCGCUCUUGCACAAUUAAUUACAUUUGUUUUUGUCUUUCCAUUUGUGUUUCUUUGGCACGGCAGUGUGCCCGAGCGACACGACCAGCAUAUGUUGUUGUUGAUGUGUUGUUAUUGUUUAACCAGGGCUCCAGGUGCAUUCAGCAGGCUGUGAUUUGAAGAAUGUGAUGUGUAUAGACCUCGAUACUGUUAAGUGACUGUGGACCAAACAGUUAAUGGGAGAUAAGGUGUUAGUAUAAAUAUAUGUUGACGUGACAGGUGGACCCCUUCAAAGUUAAUGGAGUGUGGUGGUGAUGACUGCGCCGCUGUGGAAGAUUUCAAGGUGGCCUGAAAAUGAUAUUUUUUUGGAAAGCAGGUAACUACAACAUCUUUGAAGCUGUCAUAUUAGCUAGGAGAUGCAUUCUGUUAUUUUGCAAGAUGAUUCAAAAGAGAGGUAAAGGGGCUAAGGUACUAUUAUACUGUAAGUGAUUUUACAAUAAAGAAUGUGAUAAACUAUUUUGCGUGCAGUGCAGGCUGCUUUCCCAUCGUAUCACAUUUAUAGAGUUCUCUAAAUAUUUACAUACAUAUAUAUGUAUGUAUGUGUGUGCGUGUAAUAUCAGUGUCAUCCAUUUUCUAUACCGCGUGUCCUCAUUUGU